UCCACACAAGGCAUGCCGGGACUUGUAGUCUGUGCUUGCGCGCUACUGUGUGUAACCGUGUCCGCGCUCCCAGCACUGGGGUAUUAGUGCUGGAGGCCCUAUGCCGGGUAACGAGGCUGCUGAUGGUUAAUGGUCCGCUGUCCUCUCUUCCUGUGACCUAGGCUGGCACUGGGAAAUAGAAGUCGCUUGGCGCUGAUCUCCGUCAGCAGAGAGCCCGGGGUCCAGGAUCCCUCCUCCCCCUGCGCGGGAGAUGCUGCGGAAAACUAUGUUGGAGCUGGGGGCCCAAGGAGCCCUGAAUCCGCCUCUGCGCCUGUUUUCUAUGAUGCUGAAAUCCCGCUUCGCUUCCACCACGAACCGCCGCCAUGUGGUACUCUCCAGAGAGAAGUCCAAUACCGUCACCUCCUUCUACAACCAAGUCAACAUUGACAAGGCGGCAGAGAAGGCUUCUGUCCGUCUCACUCCGACUACUAUGCUGUAUUCAGGACGAUCUCAAGAUGGCAGCCACAUUCUGAAAAGUGCUAGAUAUCUGCACAAGGAGCUCCCCGUCCGGAUCGCGCAUCGGGUAAAAGGUUUCCGCAAUCUUCCGUUCAUCAUUGGCUGUAACCCAACAAUACUGCAUGUACACGAGCUCUACAUACGUGCCUUCCAGAAACUAAGUGAGUUCCCCCCGAUCACAGACCACGAGACAGAGAGCCAGUACUGCAAGCUGCUCCGCCAGCUGCUCGAUGACCAUAAGGACGUAGUGACCCAGCUGGCAGAGGGUCUGAAGGAAUGCCGCAAGCACAUCCAGGAUGAGAAACUGAUCCGAGGCUUCCUGGAUAAAACUCUCACCUCACGCCUGGGGAUCCGGAUGCUGGCCACACACCACCUAUUCCUGCACGAAGAGAAGCCGGAUUUUGUGGGCAUUAUCUGCACCCGUCUUUCACCCAAGAAGGUUAUUGAGGUCUGGGUGGAUUUUGCCAGGCGCCUCUGUGAGAUCAAGUAUGGGAACGCCCCCCGCGUGCGGAUCAACGGCCACGUGGCGGCGCGCUUCCCAUUUAUCCCGAUGCCCCUGGAUUAUAUUCUCCCAGAGCUGCUGAAAAACUCCAUGCGAGCCACCAUGGAGAGCCACAUCGAAAGUCCCUACAAUGUCCCGGACAUUUCCGUCACCAUCGCAAAUAACGAUAUUGACUUGAUAAUUCGGAUCUCCGACCGAGGUGGUGGAAUUCCCCAUGACUGCCUGGAGAGAGUGAUGGAUUACCACUUCACCACCGUGGAGAGCAACACUCAGGAUUCCAACAUCAACCCGGUUUUUGGAAAUAUGAUGGACAUGGUCAACAGCAGCCCAACUGAAACCAUGCAUGGUUUCGGCUUCGGACUCCCCACCUCCCGAGCUUACGCAGAGUAUCUGGGCGGCUCGCUCUCCAUCCAGUCCCUUCAGGGUAUCGGGACAGACGUCUACCUGCGCGUUAAACACAUCGAUGGGAAAGAGGAGAGCUUCCGUAUAUAAGGAUAGGUAUGCGGAACAGAUCAGGCUUUCCACAGCUUCUUACCACAGAAGAUUGGGUUGAUUAUAUAAUACUGUCUGCUGGCAUAGCGAAUGGGACCGUUCCUACAUUGAUCGUCUUCGGGGCAGUUUUAAGUGAGAUGUUCUUCAAUGAGAACCUAACCUGCAGCCUGCUGACCGCAAACUGCAUGUGCUCUGGAAUAGUGUUUCACAAAUCUGGUCCACCAAGGACUGCUAACCGCAUCUGUUCCAGGUCUCCCUGCUGGAGAACCAGGGAAAUAAUUAGUGUCAACUAAUUAUUAAGGCGUCAGUCUGUCUGCUUGCUCCAGCUCGGAGGUGUAGAACAACGCCGUUAGUGGUCCUGGAUUUCCAAAUAUGAGAGUCACAGUUCUAGAAAAGUCAAAGCUGAACUCCACUUUUAUUUUACUUUCUCCCUGUUGGUGAUGAACUCACGUUAAUACAAACACGUACAUCACUGCUUAUUGAUAAAUUGUUAGCCCGGAACUCUGCAGGAGAAUUGAAAGCGUGGUUUGUAUGCAGCUAUUGAAUUGUUUUAUGGCAUUCUGAUUUAUGAGAUUAAAGACUCUGGUUGAGUCUUACUAAUGAGAUUUUACAAAAGUCAAGGGGACCAGAGACUUUUCACACGUGGGCUUAUUGCAUUGGAUCGAUUGCCAGUAUUCAGUUCCAGGGCAACUGCUACCAAAUGUCUUGAUAUGUCCUAGUACUUGGACUCGCCGUUCACAAGCCUAGAGAGAUUUAUCUGAGGAGACCUCAUCAUGUGGCGGGUUGUCCUCUGGAUGCUGUUCACAGAUUAUUUUGCGGUUCCAGAUUUCUUUGCCUGUGGAACCAAAAAAAGGAGAGAAGAACAAUACCUCUGGCCUGCCUGGAGGUAGUACACAUCCCACAGCUGUUUGGGGUAUUGACAGUUGAUGUAAAUUGUCCUAAUUGGUGGUAAAAUAACAUAGCACUUAAUUUCUUUAUUAAGCCAGUUGUCUAGAUGUUUCAGUUCUUGAAAGACUUUCUGCACUGGAUGUCACUUCUGGCUAUCACCUUGUAUGCACAGGAGACUACAGCCUCCACUGUAAUGUGACCUCUAGUCUGUGGUUGAACCUUACCUCCUUUUAAUGUACAAAUCAUGGAGGGAAGGUGCAAGUGUUCAUAGUUCAAUGUUACUGGUUUUGUGAUUCACAGUAUAAAGUGUCCCUUGAUCGAUUCUGUGUUAAUAAUAACAUAUACUCGUGUAGUAUACACUUUUUUGCACCCUGCUGUGCGCUCAUUGCAACACAAGAGGUAGAACAAGUCAGAAAUAUUAUUGCCUGUUGGUGGUGAUCCAAGUUUUGCUACUCUGGAUGUGAGAUUUAAUACAAGAUGUGCAAUACAUGUGUGAAUCCCACUUCUAACACCAACGGUCACCUGCUGGGCAUCUCAGGAACUCAAACUCUGCCCUGGGGAAAUUCCACACUUUAGCUACACAGCAAGCCAGAGUGAUUUGUUUGCAUAGUUUUUGUUUCCUGAUGCCCAGUUCCUUAAUUUCAGUAUGGAGGCCUUAUUGCCUGUCCCUGGGAAAUCCCUGCUUGAUUUGUAUUUUCAGUGACUCGCAAAGGCCUCAUCUUGGCGAUAUUGGAGAGAGAAGCUGCUACACCUGUCUGUUCAGCCUCGUUGAGAUGUGUCUUUCCUUUUGUUCCAUAUGCUGUGCGUUACUGGGGAUGGCUUGCAGAGAUUGUUUUCAUCUGUGUACAUGUGAUAAUCAUGAACUGCUCCUAGGGAAAUCUUGUGGCUACUAUUAAAGCUUAUCAAUUUGUCCUUUUAGCACUAUAAGUGGCUGUUCUGCAAGAGAGGGGUAGAGGAUAGUAUGGUCCCUUAAACCUCCAAUGUGACCUAUUUAUACUGAAAUAAAGUGCUCUAUUUCUAA